ACUAUUACGAGUAAAUGUCUAAUUUUUAUAGAUUUUUUGUGACAUUUACUAAUUGGUGUGUACGGAGUGUGCACAUGAAGCUCGUAUGUAUGUUUCCCUGUGCAUUAAAGGGAACGAUGGAAGGCAUCAGCAUCGUCAUCAACCCCACAAGUGCAACCCCAUCCAUCCAUAAACCACGGCUCCGACAACGAAUCACGCGCUCUCCAACUCACACGCGUCCGCAUCAACCGAGCAAUGAAUCACGAUCCCUCUCGAUCCGGCUUCUUUCAGCUUACGUCCCCGUCACCACAAAGCCCCAAACGGCCAAAACCAGAGUAACAACCCCCAGUAAACUCCGCAUCAGAGAAGCACGAGCCCAAGCCCACCGUGCAGAGUCCGCUCCCCGCAGGAGAGGGAAAGAGCGCCCCAUGCCUGCGCGUCGCGCGCGUCCCCAUCGCGUCCGAGCAACCUCCAGCUGGUCCGACAGCCAACCGAACCCACUCACCCAACCAACCGCAGAGCGAGAGCCCAAACCCCCCCUCCCGCGCGCGGACCCGGCUCCCGCCCAUCGCCCUUCAAUCUGGCUGGCACCUACUGUGCCACCCCGCGUAGCAGCAGUGGACGCGCACGCUCUCGCGCUCGCAGCAUCCCCCACCCGUCAAGUGCAUAACUAUAUAAAGCCGCCGCCCCGGUCCGUUUUCCUUUCCUCCCAAAUCAAGACCAAAUCGGAUAAUUUCAAAUCCUUGUCGAGUGAACUGAUCCAUCGAUGGAGUGGGCGUACUACGGCAGUGGGUACUCCUCGUCGGGGACGCCGUCGCCGGUGGGCGGCGACGGGGACGAGGACUCGUACAUGACGGUGUCGUCGGCGCCGCCCAAGCGGCGGGCGGGGAGGACCAAGUUCAAGGAGACGAGGCACCCGGUGUACAAGGGCGUGCGCAGCAGGAACCCCGGGAGGUGGGUCUGCGAGGUGCGCGAGCCGCACGGCAAGCAGAGGAUCUGGCUCGGCACCUUCGAGACCGCCGAGAUGGCGGCGCGCGCGCACGACGUCGCGGCGAUGGCGCUGCGCGGCCGCGCCGCCUGCCUCAACUUCGCCGACUCGCCGCGCAGGCUCCGCGUGCCGCCGCUGGGGGCCGGGCACGAGGAGAUACGCCGCGCCGCGGUCGAGGCCGCCGAGCUGUUCCGCCCGGCGCCCGGGCAGCACAAUGCGGCUGCCGAGGCGGCGGCCGCUGUCGCUGCGCAGGCAACCGCGGCGAGCGCGGAGCUCUUUGCCGACUUCCCUUGCUACCCGAUGGACGGACUGGAAUUCGAAAUGCAGGGGUACCUCGACAUGGCACAGGGAAUGCUCAUCGAGCCGCCGCCAUUGGCAGGGCAAUCGACGUGGGCCGAGGAGGACUACGACUGCGAGGUCAAUCUAUGGAGCUACUGAUGAUCGCCCGUGCACCUGAACCGAACCAGCCCUGAUGAGCAGGAGGACUCAAUGUACAGCUUAUUAUGGUAUAUAAUCAAGUACGAACCGUACUUAUGGUGUGCCGUUUCCCUGCUAUUCUGACGAAAAUGGAAUGCGAUCAGAAGGAGCAGAGGAGUGUCCUUUAGGUUGGUAGGGGGGGCUCCAUGCUCGUGCGACACUGGCAAUGGGGGCCAAAAAUUUUAUUGGCGCCAGAAAUAGCACUUGCUGCGGAUGAUCCCUUUAGUUUCUGUAGUAACAAGCCUCACCUCCCAGGCUUGUCUAAUAAGCAGCUAAGUUUGCUGCAUAUUUGACCUUGUACGUGGUUAUGACCCUCGAGGGAGCUAAUGAAGUGGAUAUAUGGUCGAUCAGCUAAUUCCA